CCUUGGAGCCCAAGCUUUCCAGUGUGUUUGUUCCCAGUGAGCCAAUGGCUCUCUUCAUUUUUCUGGGGAUUUGGCUUUCUUGUUUGGUUUUUCUUUUUCUAUGGAAUCAGCACCAUGUCAGAAGGAAGCUCCCACCUGGUCCCACUCCUCUACCAAUUUUUGGCAAUAUUUUGCAAGUGGGUGUUAAAAAUAUCAGCAAAUCUAUGUGCAUGCUAGCAAAAGAGUACGGGCCUGUGUUCACCAUGUAUCUGGGCAUGAAGCCCACUGUGGUGCUGUAUGGAUAUGAAGUAUUGAAAGAAGCUCUGAUUGACCGGGGAGAAGAGUUUUCUGAUAAAAUGCAUUCGUCAAUGCUCAGUAAAGUCAGCCAAGGGUUAGGCAUUGUCUUCAGCAAUGGAGAAAUAUGGAAACAAACACGGCGUUUCUCCCUCAUGGUCUUAAGGUCUAUGGGGAUGGGAAAGAGAACUAUUGAAAACCGAAUUCAGGAGGAAGUUGUUUAUCUGCUGGAAGCACUGAGAAAAACCAAUGGGUCCCCCUGUGACCCCAGCUUCCUUCUGGCCUGUGUUCCCUGCAAUGUGAUCUCCAGUGUCAUUUUCCAGCACCGUUUUGACUACAGUGAUGAGAAAUUCCAAAAAUUCAUAGAGAAUUUCCAUACAAAAAUUGAAAUUUUAGCAUCUCCUUGGGCCCAGUUGUGCAGUGCCUAUCCUGUUCUAUACUAUCUCCCGGGAAUCCAUAACAAAUUCUUAAAAGAUGUGACUGAACAGAAAAAGUUCAUCUUGAUGGAAAUAAACAGGCAUCGAGCAUCUCUGAACCUCAGUAACCCUCAGGACUUUAUUGACUAUUUCCUGAUUAAAAUGGAAAAGGAAAAACACAAUGAAAAGUCUGAAUUUACCAUGGACAACCUGAUAGUCACCAUAGGUGAUCUUUUUGGAGCAGGAACAGAGACAACGAGUUCCACCAUAAAAUAUGGGCUUUUGCUCUUGCUGAAGUACCCAGAGGUCACAGCUAAAAUUCAGGAAGAAAUUACUCGCGUGAUUGGUAGACACCGGAGACCCUGCAUGCAGGACAGGAACCACAUGCCCUAUACGGAUGCUGUGCUGCAUGAGAUCCAGAGAUACAUUGAUUUUGUUCCCAUUCCCUUGCCUCGUAAGACAACGCAGGAUGUGGAGUUCAGAGGAUACCACAUUCCCAAGGGCACAAGCGUAAUGGCAUGUCUGACUUCUGCCCUGCACGAUGACAAAGAAUUUCCCAACCCAGAGAAGUUCGACCCUGGCCACUUUCUCGAUGAAAAAGGCAACUUCAAGAAGAGUGACUACUUCAUGGCUUUCUCAGCAGGAAGAAGAGCCUGUAUUGGAGAAGGUUUAGCCCGCAUGGAGAUGUUCUUAAUCCUGACCAGCAUUUUACAGCAUUUUACUUUAAAACCUCUUGUCAAUCCAGAGGACAUCGACACAACCCCAGUUCAACCUGGUUUAUUGUCUGUGCCCCCACCCUUUGAGCUCUGUUUCAUUCCAGUCUGAAGCGGCAUAGUCUUUCACACAGAUGACUGAGACCCUGCUUCUACUUGUGAGCAAACAGGUCCUCCUGUCCUGUGUACCUGUAACUGGCAGUCCUUCCUGAAUGGCAGGGAUGCUACCUCUGAACUGUCCUACAUUUUUUUCAAUUCUUUGUGAACCAGUUCCAAUUUUUCAUAUGUGAAAAAACUUCACUGUUUUAGCACUAAUAAAGUUUUUUUGUAGUGUAUGUCA